AAACUAUGAUGAACUCAAUGCAGUUUCAAACAUUGAAAUAGAUUUUGAUUAUUUUUUGGCGAAGAAAUGCCGUUGACGAGGUACCAGAUUAAGAACGAGUUCAGCUUGGCCGAUCCGGAGCUCUAUAGAGCUGCCGACAAGGAUGAUCCCGAGGCUUUACUUGAAGGCGUUGCCAUGUCUGGCCUUGUUGGCGUUUUGCGCCAGCUCGGUGACCUCGCGGAGUUUGCUGCUGAUAUAUUCCACCAUUUGCAUGAAGAGGUAAUGGCUACUUCUGCGAGAGGCCAUGUUCUGAUGGUCCGAGUUAAACAACUUGAGGCAGAGUUCCCGUCCGAUGAGAAGGCAUUUGUAUCACAAACCAGUCAUUCAUUACUCUUUAGCAAUGCAGGUGUUGACUGGCGUCCUAAUCUGCACACUGAACAUAAUCUAAUCACUCGUGGUGACUUACCUCGCUGUGUGCUGGAUUCUUAUGAGGAAUGCAGGGAUCCCCCACGGUUGUUCCUUUUGGACAAAUUUGAUGUUGCAGGUGCUGGGGCAUGUUUAAAGCGUUACACUGAUCCAUCGUUUUUUAAAGCAGAAUCCGCUUUCCCUGGAAUUGCACCAUUGGAAGUUCCGAGAGAAAAUAAAGCACAUAAAGUGAAGAAGAAAGGAUCACGCUGGAAGAAUGGGGAGACUACAGAAUUUCCACCAACAUCACAUGCCAAAUUGAAUCAACAGUUUUUGGAGGAGCAUAUUGAGAAUGCUUACAAUGACCCUGCCCGUCUUGUAAAACUGAAAAGAAGGCAAUUAAAUGAAUCUCCACUUGACUCAAAAUCUGGGAGAAGUUACAUGGAGAAAUUCGUGGAGACCCCUGCACAAAAUAAAGCUGUUUACGAUAACUCUGGUACUCCGCCUCUGUGGUUGACAUUGGAUAAUUCUAGUGGGCCGGGGACUGAAACACUUGAUAUUAGUACUGUGAAUCCUGUAAAUGUAUCUUCACAAGGAAAGGAAACCUUAAGUUCACCUACUGUACAUGAAAUUGUCUUGAAACCAUCCAUUGAAGAGUUGAAUGAAGAAGUCAUUGAUAGAGACCUUAUGAAGGUGCCUGAACCAACAGUUGAUUUCAAGGAUCGAAAUCGAAACCCCCUUUUCCUUCACAAAGUAACAACCGAAGAGGAGAUAAUAGUAGAUGGAGAAGGCAUAGAAGAAUACAAUAUACAUGGGGACCAUUCCGAUGACAUGACCAGUGAGGCUGACCACAUUGAUGCAAUUACUACCAUGGAGUCUGAAAUGGAUACGGACAAUGGGUAUAAAUUGAAGGACGGUAUUGACUUCAAGAAUAUCGGGAAGUAUCAAACAGGUUCUCAUGCAAACGAGGAAAAGCUUGGGGCCCAAGCCCAUUCAUCAGAUUCUCAAUCGGAUAGGAUCUCCUCUGCGUCUGAUGAUAAAAACUGCUCUAUCAAGAAAGGAAGAUCUGAUUUUACCAACUCUGAUACUGCACACAAUCUGUCUAAAGAUAUGGCGUCAGAUGGUGAAACAGCAGCAGAAGUGUUCUCUUCAAAUAGAAACUGUGUUACUGAGAUUGUUGAGACAUGUCCCAUCCAGCUUCCUAUGGAGAUGCAUUGUCCCAGUUCUGAUCAGGUUUUGUUACAAAAAGAUAUUUCUUUUGGUGAACAUUGCCUUCCUGAUCUUGGAGAGGCAUCCUAUAGUUCAUGUCUGAAAGAUUUGAACUCCACGCAUAUAUUGUUGGAUGAUGUAAGUCCAGUGGCAAUUCCUUUGAUGGAACCACAACAUGAAGAAGUAGCCUCUGAUGGUAAACCUAACUCUAAUUUGUCAGACAGUGAUGGUGGAAAAUGUUUAAAUGAUUCUUCAGAAGUCAUUUUCUCUUAUUCUUCUGAGAAACAGAUUAACAUGAUCACUUUUUCCGCUGGAAGUCAUCCAGUAGAUGAGUUGGGCUGUGGAGACUCAAAUGUCUCUUCUGAUGCUUUGCCACAUUUGUUGAAUGUUUUACAGGUUGCUCCGUUAAAAGGAAUCGACAAUGAUCAUUUAGAUGAAGUUCUCAAAACAGAUUUUUCUGGGGAAAUAUUUGCUGAAAAUUCAGUCAACCAAACAAUUGGUUCACCAAACUGCAUUAUGUCAUCAACAGAGGAGCAGUGCCUUUGUUCAACCUUCGCUGAAGGAGAGGAGCGUAUAACUUCUGUGGUGGAUGCUUCACAGAUUUGUGGCUUUAAUGAAAAGCAAUUUUCGGACAUAUUACAUGAUGAUCCAAAAGUUGAGGCUGACCUAACAGAGAGAGAAGCUUUAUAUUCUGAACAGAAACAAAAUGUUGUUGAACUUUUUGAUGCUACAGGGGGAGAAGAAACUACGGAAUUUACUUGCGGUGCGAAUGUGGUGGAAGAAGAUGCUAUUCGUUGUGAUCUUCCAUAUGAUUGUGCUGAUAAUUUGAACCUCAAGAUUCACUUGGAUUUAGAUGAUCUGGCAACCGAAAAUGUUCAUGCUGAAAGUAUUGCAGUAUCUUCUGCUGCUUGUGAUUCUGCCAACUUCGGUGAUGAUGUUGAUAAUACUACAUUUCACUCUUCAAACUUGAUUUGCUCUCCAUCCGGAAAACUAAUGAAUUUGGAAGAGUUUCUUGCUGGUGAUAGAGAUAUAUGUCAUGAAGCAUUGGAAUCCAAUGAGGUCGUUUCUCAAGAAUGUCUUGCAGAGUCAGAGACGGAAGAAGCAACAAGUCAAGUGGUAGGUACUCCAGCAGAUAUAGAUUCCACUUCAUGCAAGUCGGUCUCUUAUAACAAUUCCAAUUUAGAAGAUAAAGUCCACUAUUCGACUCCGGCUGAACCAACCAAAGAUGGCUUGAAUUUUGUUGAUAUAGCCACUGCACUAGCUUCUUCAGAAUUCAGUGAUAAAGAGAGAGAAUUGGAAUAUUCGAGUCAUCCAAAGGAAAGUAAGGAAGACGCGGUGCCUUCAACUACCCAUUACCAAUCAGAAAAAGAAAAUGCUUUAGUGCUGCCAUUAGACAUCCAUGCUAAUCAACAUGAUGUGGAAAAGCUGCACAUAGAUGAAGAUGGUUCAAGACAGAUACAAUCCCCGGAUCCCAUGGAUCAGGAAAAAAGCUUGCAAACUUCUUUUGAACAUUCCAAAGAAGGCUCUUCAACGCAAGCUUCAUCUGAUUUUUCAGAACAAUCAGGUAGGCAGGAUAAACAAGAUAGUUAUCCAUCUGAUCUCAUUCAUCGUGCCUUUGGCCUGCACCCUGAAGCAAUUAAAGCUAUCAGGGAGGAAAUGCCACCAUUGCCACCUCUUCCUCCAAUGCAGUGGAGGAUGGGGAGAGUUCAACAUGGUGAGAAAGCUCAAUUUGGUUUACCAGCAUCGGAGCAGAGCUUCAAACAGCCCAGAAACCCAUUUCUACCCCUUGUGGAUGGUGAAGAGAGGUCUGGUAAUUCUGAUCAAUUGGCGGCCGAUUUCAUGCAGCCUAGUCCUUUCUCUAUUAAUCCAGCAACUAUGGCUAGCAACAGUAAUAGCCAAUACAGUGGUUUAUGUUUGGAUAGAACACACUCAAACCCAUUCUUAACAUUACCCACAACAUCUAAUGAAAACCUUGAAUAUGGUUCCCUUGCUAUGAAGGUUGAUAUGGUAGAAUCAAGUUACUCAUUGCCGAUGCCACUUACUGAUGCAACUUGUAGACACAUUCCUAUAUCUUUGCAUGAGGAAACAGCAAACUGUCCAAACCAGUUUGUACUGGAUGCAAGUUUAGAAGGUGGGACAUUUCAGGACCCUAAACAAAGUCUUGAUAGAGAACAUGGGAAUCCUCUUGAUGUAUCUGUGCACCUACCAACAAAGAGAGAGGAGCAAAUUCCAGCCGAGGUAGCAGAGGAUCUUCCAACCAAGGUAGACGAGCAGCCUCGGCCUGGUUUUGCAGCUUCCAAGGCAGAAAAGGUGCAGACGCCAAAUGUCAUUGUUCAACAUGGCUUGGCAGCUCCAGAGGGAGAAACUGCACGAGUAAUAAAAACAACUCUAGAGCAUGAUUUGUCGACUUCAGAGGGAGAGGAGGCAGCAUGGCCCUCAAAUAUGCAUGCUUUAUUACAAGUUGCUGAAGAAGGAAACUCAAAUGGGAAUUCACCGGUUAAACUUCCUCGACCUCGCAGUCCUCUCAUCGAUGCUGUUGCUGCUCAUGACAAAAGCAAGAUGAGAAAGGUAACCGAGCAGAAUCGACCUCCAAUCAUUCCCAAGGUAGAUGAAAGAGAUUCAUUGCUGGAACAGAUACGAACAAAGUCCUUCAACUUGAAGCCUGCAGCGGUGGUGACCAGACCCCGCGUUCAGGGUCCUAAAACGAGCAUAAGAGUUGCAGCAAUCUUGGAGAAAGCAAACGCAAUUCGCCUGGCAUUGGCCCGAAGCGAUGAAGACGAAGAUGAAGAUGGUUGGAGUGAUUCUUGAAGGGACUUAAUGAUGACGCACUCUACUUGGUUAAAAAUGUUUGGAUCAAAUAG